AGUGAUGUGGUGCCGCGUGUUUCUGGUUGUGGUCGCCGUGUGGUGCCGCAUGUUGCUGCUGCUGCUGUGUCCUGUCCCGGUCCUAGCCUCCGUGAAGAGGACCGUGGACCGCCAGACCAACUACGGGACGGUCCGCGGGCUGGUGGACACCCUGCAAGACCCCGCCCACAAGGUGGAGAAGUUCCUCGGAGUACCGUACGCCAGGGCCCCGGUAGGAGAGCUGAGAUUUGAGCCUCCCGUCCCGCCAGAGAGAUGGCAGGGGAUCAGACCCACCCAGGAGCUCUCCCCCGCCUGCCCCCAGCCGCGCAUGGGCGUGGAGUACAUCCAGAUGCACGUGCCGGAGUUCAACAAGACGAGUGAGGACUGUCUCUACCUUAACAUCUUCGCCCCAAAGGUAACAGACGACCGCAAGCGUCACGCCGUUCUAGUCUUCAUCCACGGCGGAAGUUAUCAAAACGGGAUGGGCGCCAUGAUAGACGGCAGCCAUCUUGCCGCACGGGAUAUCGUUGUGGUCACGUUCAACUACAGGCUGGGCCCGCUAGGUUUCCUUGAGACCAAUGACGACGCCUUCCCCGGGAACCUGGGACUGCUGGACCAAUUGGAAGCGCUGCGGUGGAUCCAGCACAACAUCCACCACUUUGGCGGCGACCCCAGCCGCGUCACCAUAGACGGACACAGUGCGGGUGGCUGCAGUGUGGGGCUCCUCAUGCUUAUGCCCAUGGCUAAAGGUCUGUUCACGAGGGCCAUCCAGCAGAGCGGCUCCCCAUUCGCCGACUGGGCGGUGACGCGUCAUCCGGCCGCCUCCAAUUUCUACUUUAAGCUCUUCACUGCGGCGGUCGGCUGCUACGGUAACGGUACGGCAGAAGUGAAGAAGUGCUUGAAGCAGAAGUCAUCGGAGGCCAUCCAGAAAGUGAUCUACGAUCAGCCGGAGCACCCAGUAUCGCUGGUGCCGCCCUUUAGACCAGUGGUCGAUGGCCGAGUUUUACCUGACACACCUGAGCGUCUGGCAGCGACAGGUGAGAUCAACGGUCAGGAGAUUCUUACAGGCACCACAACUGACGAGGGUCUUAUAGCAGCCGACCCCCUGUUGAACAACUUCGGCGUGGGCCGGACAGGUCUGCCUCGUCUGCUGGCCGUGAUGAGUGGCCUGAGCGUUGACCUGCCGGACAUCAGGAGCCUCAUAGAGAAUGUUUUGGAACAGUACUACCGAUGGCCAUAUGACUUCAAAGACGAUGAAAUAAGAAAAGGCUUUAUUGAAAUUGUGGGUGACUACUUUAUCGCGGCACCGACCCAGAUGACCGCUGACCUGCUGGUAGACAGAAACGUCACCGUCUACUUCUACAACUACGACUACUCGUCCGUCUACGACGAGUUCGGUGGGGUCAUUCACGGCGCAGAGCUUUUCUACCUGUCCGGCUACCCAAUCACCGGCUACGGAAACUUCCGGUACGACGGCACGGACCAAAACAUGUCGGAGAAACUCAUGCAGAUGUGGGCAAACUUCGCACAAAAUGGGCUGCCAUCUUUAGUACCACAGGAACAUUUUCACAUGACACCGUACACUAAGGCGUCACCGGUGUACACGCAGAUCACGUCUAAAGACCACCACGUUCACAUGCGGUCCAAGAUGUCGUUCAAAACGGAAAAAAUGGAAUUCUGGAAUCGCCAUGUUCCCAACCUGUAUCUAAACCAGUUGCGAAAAGACGUCCAUUUACUGAAAGAGGCGGAAGCGAAAAUUUUCAAGCAGACGAACAUCAGCCUCGAUUUGAUGAAGAGAUCCUCCCCUUAUAUCGGUAGCCAUAUAUCAGGCAGCUGGAUCCUCAUAGCGGCGUGUAUAGGGCUGUCUAUUUUGACGGUGUUGUUGUCCGUUUGCUACUGCCAGGUACGGAGACAGGUGAAGACGUUGAUACGACAAAGCAGUGUCAGCAGUGGUCAGCCCAUUUUAUAGUGACGGGCCGUGUGUCCACUUGUUGUGGUCAAUGUAUAGAACUUGACAUCCCAUACUUGACACAAUGGCAUCUGUACAAAGUUGACAGCAAACACGGUGCUCCUGAUACCCUUGAAUGGCAUUCCAUAACCGAUUGACGUCAUUUCAUAUGUUGAUGUUAUUACAAAAGUCGCCGGUGCUGCGCGACUGUGUACAGUUUGUUGGUCAAAAACUGACAAGCAUUAGGCUCCAUUAAGCCAACCUGGUAACCACGGCCAACAUUAACUUUCGUCAACCUGGCAAAUCCGCAAGUCGGCAAGCUCUUGAACAAGAAGUCACAUUUAGUGAGAUAACCAUUUCAUGUAUAAAAAUCGAGAUAAUUAUUUAUUUAAGAGUUUAGAAGAAUGAUGGGAAAGAUGGCGUGUACAGAUUUAGGGCUUGGCAGACAGAAGGCGAGAUGUACAAUGUAUGUGUAAGCUGUGUGAUGUUACCCAGCCCACUUACCAUUGGAUUCGUCCGUGUUUAAUAUUCAACAUCUAGGCCGCUGUGUGCUUUUGUUCAAUACUCCCCCAUCUCUACUUGACUUCACAAAUCAGUUUUUUAACCAAGAUAGUUAUGUCAAAAUUGUUUUGUCAAACAUACAUUAACUACUUCACAACAUAUUGUUUCUAAAAUGCUUAAAAUAGCAACAUAAAAUAUUCCAUACUUCAAUGUCACUUUAAAAAAUAUUUUUCUAGAAAUCCUGGCUCGGUCAGUAUUAGAACUCCAAUAU